CCCUCGUCUUCCUCCCGUGACACCCCACAGCCCCCGGCGGCCAGAAACAGAGUCGCCCUGGUUCGGUGCGUUGUCCAAAUUCAGGUGAGCCGCCGGCCAAGAAUCCCCAAAACACCCCGUAUCGACUGGUAUGGGAUAGCGUCACUCGUCUGUACCGCGCUCUCUCUCUCUCUCUCUCUCCUCCGCUCGCCUCGACACUGUUCUCCACCACGAGACCCACCCGAGAGCGGCCGCGCCGGCGAUUCCCCUUCCACCGCCGCGAGCAGCAACGCCUGGCCUGGCUGGCUUUCUUUCAAACAAGGAGGGCAAGCACGUCGACGGUGCGCGCGCCACCUUCCCCUGUUCCCCUGCUUUGAACCAAACAGAUCACGAUAUCAAACCCACCCCCGCCACACUCAUCUUUGCUUCUCUUCCAGCUCCUUUUGAUCUGAUUCAUUCAUGCCCAAUUAGUCCGUGCAGGAGGCGGAUCCUAUCUUCACUUCAACCAACAAGCCCGGACCGCUGGGUUCAAAUCUGUUGCGGAGGAGGAUUCCUCAUGGUAUCCGAACCAAAGGAUUGUCUAAUCCGGCUCGUCCUAGUCCCCGUUUCUGUCUUGUUCUUGGUAAGUUACCCGAGAGCAGCUGCAAGGCCCGCCGCCCGUCUCAAUAAGUAGUCCAUCUAUUGAGUGAAAAACUACUCCAGAUAGCCGCCAUGGAGUCAACCUGCAACACCAUCAUCAGAGGUGAAGAUAGCACUAGUAGCGCAAGCGAAAACGAAGACAGAAUCAGCGCGCUGCCCGACCAUCUUCUGCUCAAAAUCCUCGAAUGCCUUUACACGCCCACGGCAGUUCAGACCGGCGUGCUCUCCACACGAUGGAGGCACCUCCCGCAUCAGCUCUCGAAUCUGCAAAUCAAUGCUGAAUACUUUCCAGGCACUCUAGUGGAUCAGAUAAUGACCGACUACACCGACGUGAUAAGCAGAUUUCUAUCUCCGCCGCCUUGUGGAUGCCAUCGGAUCAUCAGGAUCCUGCAGCUCUGCUUCUACCUAGCAGACCCUUACUUGUCCUCCAUCGCUCACGCGGUCGGGGAUGCCCUGAAGAUCGGCGUACCGGAAUACCUCGAGUUUGCGGCCACCGGCCAUGUUGCAUGUCCAAGUGAGGCUGAACUAGUACUCUUCAGACAACGGUUUAUGUCCUUCUUCCAUGCUUGGCCUGGUCCCUUCAGUUUGCUCACCAAACUGACGCUGCGGAGCCUUUCUUUUGAAGACUCAGAUAUCCCCAAUAUCCUCAACACUUGCAAUAAACUUAAGCUCCUUUCCUUGAGAUCCUGUCAAAUGGGCCAGGACCCUGUCCUCAAGAUAGAUGCUCCAUGCUCGGAGCUCAUAGGACUUGAACUUAUCGACUUUGGGUGUGCACAAGUUGAACUAAUCUCUGCCCCUAAACUCCUGGAAUUGGUCUAUGAUAGCUGGUGCGGUGAAAACCCCCCAGUGUAUUUUCGCUAUGUCCCUCAGCUUGUUAAUUUAUACUUCGCCUCUCCUGCCCUUUCUUGGCACACACCAUUCACAUUGAGCGAGUGCCUAUCUGGUAACAGAAACCUGUCAAUGCUGCAUCUGAAUUUUCGCACUCAAAUGAUUUGGAUUGAACCUGAAGAUUCUCGACAGCUCACUCCUAUAUUCAGUAAACUGAGAGAUGCGCAUCUUUACAAUAUCUUUGCAGAGUGCGAUCUGAAUUGGACUAUGUUUAUCCUCGAAGGUGCACCUUCCUUGGAGAACUUUUAUCUAUCUCGGCGUUCAUGUGAACUCAGUAAGACCGAGGAUAGUGCUGAGAAGACCAAUGUGUUGUGGGAACCAUCCAAGGAUUCAAGGUACUUGAACUUGAAGUUGCUCGUGAUGAACGGUUUUAAGGAGGAAGACAAGGUGAUGAAUUAUGUAAGACUUGUCAUGGUACGAGCUGUCGUCUUGAAGAGAAUCGAGUUGUGUGAUGAAGACCCGUGCAAGUGCAGUGCCAACAAUCAUGAGCCUCCAAGAUUUCUGGUAGAUGAAGCUAGCAAGCAACGGAUUAGGGAGCAACUCACCCAUGGAUCCUCCUCAUCUGCGGAUAUAAUAAUCGGAUGAUGGACAUAGUCCAAGAAUAAUGAAGAGACAAUAACGAUGGAUAACGUCGACGAGUUAAGAGUGCUUGCUAUUGUGCAUUGGGCCCUGCCAGUUGUAAUUUUGUUUUAGCAUUUUAGCUGUUUAUGGCCAAGUAUAUUUUUCUAUGUGGGCAAUUUAUGAUUCAUGCACCGUAUACGUACGUUUAUGUUUUA